CUCAUGGCAAUGGAUUAUUGGCUGUCCAGAUUCAUUAUUGAAUGCAGGAGAAAAAAUGGAAAACCAUAUCCUCCAAGUACUUUGUAUAAUACAUCAGCAUCCAUUCAAAGAGAGUUAUGGGAAGUUUACGGAAGAACGGAUGUAAACAUUUUGGACAAAAAAGAUGCACACUUCUCAGAAUUCAGGAAGCAGCUGGACAGUAGGAUGAAAGAACUCACGAAUGAAGGUAUUGGCAUUCACAAAGACCGUGCCGAUCCUGUGUCGGAGGAUGAUGAGAUACAGCUUUGGGAGAAGGGAGUCAUCGGUCACAGCGAUGCACAGGCUUUAUGUUACGGUGUUUUCUUUUACAACUGUAAAGUUUUUGGUUUUCGUGGUGGCGAUGAACACAGGAAUCUUGAUGUUAACCAGUAUAGUAUUACUAUGGAGUCUGGAUGCAAGGUUCUCACUUUCAUGGGUAGGAAUUCAAAAAAUGUGCAAGGCGGCUUAAAUCAAAGAAAAGUUAAACCUAAAAAGAUAAAGCAAUUUGAAAGUCCUGAAAAUCCCAGAUGUGUGGUAAAAUUAUUUGAAAAGUACCUUCAGAGUAUCCCACCAACAGGCCCAUUCUACAGAAAACGGUUGCCGAAUAAUGUUGGCGGGGCCUUUAAUUUUCUAAACAAAACAUUGGAAUAAAUACACUUGGAAAAUAUAUGAAAUCCAUGUUUUCUGAUGCACUGAUUGACUGUUCAGGCAGAAACAUAAGAAAUCACUCCGGAAAAGUAACCCUUUGCAUGCGUAUGUACGAACAAAACUAUGACGAACAAGCUAUCAUGGACAGAAGCGGGCAUCGUAGUACAGCUGUGAGAAGUUACAAACGUCCAUCUGAAACCAUGCUGCAGCGUGUCAGUGAUUCUCUUCAACCACCAACUGUACAUCCUCAGUCCGACAAGAAAUUAAAGACGGAGACGGUUUUACCUUCAAAUGAGGAAUUUUUCCCACAAAAUUCUAUUGAAAUAUCAGUGCCAGAAACAAUCACAACAGUUGUAAUAAAUAAAUGUGGCAGAAAAAUUUCCAUUAAUUUGUAACUUCAAUGAAAUAAACAUAUACCUUAAAGAUGUUUUUCAUAAUUAUUUCUAGCGGACAGAUUUUUUUGUAACUUUGCAUAUUUAUAGAUUGAUGUAUGACAAGUUAAAAUAAAAAAUAAAAAUAAUAGGUACCCGUGCUUCUUUUUUCAAUAUUCAAAGUUUAUUAAGAACACCAAAUCGGUAUUUUUGUCUGAAGAAACAGUUCAUACAUGUCAUAAUAAAACUACUGCAAACAAUUAUUUAUUCGAAGUUUCACUCUGAUGUUACUGUUUAUGCAUCCGAAUUAAUAACACCACUUUAACUAUACAUAAAAUGUCAACAUAUAGAUAUAUUAACUCAGAAAAAUUACUCUUGACAGAUGUCGAAAGUAUCUGAAACUGAGAAAAUCACGAAGUAUUUCUUAAUGAUUUGAAAAAUCUAGCGGACAGAAUUUUUCCAAAUUUUAUAUUAUGUAAGCUAGAACUAAGACAAAAAAAUCCAAACCAAAAAAAUAUAUCAACCCUUGCUUGUUUUCAAGAAAAAUUAAAAAAUAUUCACUCCACCCACAAAAGUAUUUUUUCAUUACCCCACCCACCCAAAAAAAUAUGAACAUUUUUUUUUCUUACAAAACAAAUUGCACAAUGUUAUUAUCAGUUCCUUAACCAAUAUUCUUACCCACAUGCGGAAUAAUGCUCCUUUAAGGUUGCAUGCCUCUAGGUCAAAUACUUUUUGAGAUACUUGCUACACAAGCUUUCACAUCCCAUUUAUGUAUAUAU